CUCUCAUCAGACAUCAUCCCUAUCAGUAAUAUGAUCGUGAAAAUAGCUCUUGUUGAACUAUGUAAGGGACAAGACAGCGCCCUGGCCUCAUUGGAGAAGGAUUUUAAGCAUGCAUAUUACAUAUGGGCAAACCGAAGAGAUGGACAGUAUGCUGGAUACCCAGAAGAUGGCUUUGAYAAGUUUAACACACCGAGUAUUCUGCGCUGGUACUCGAUGGAAGUCAAGAGAGAUGACAAAUGUAAUGUUUGCCAACCUAUCGAGACCAAUUUAGAGAAGACUUCCUUUUUUGGAUGAACUGAAUACCUCACAAUCAGUGGUCACAAUACUAUACUAGCGAACUAAAUACCUCAAGUAUUUCACUGAUUUGGCCUCCAAAAACACAACUCUCACACGUAUAUGCGAUCUAGCACUAUAUAUAGAAACGUUGUAAGGAAUUUAUCGUCGAAAAUAGUAGAAAAUGUAUCAUUGACUUAUAUUAUUGAAUUUAUUCAUGAGUAGAUCUGUAACUAGAAACUUUAUAAUAUUCAAUAAAAAUCAAUUGAGAUUAAAGUAAGAUUAAAUGAUAUCAUAACGUAUUGAGCUUAUUUGUUUGACCGGCAAUAAUUAAAGCAGGCCCUUCAAGUCACCAAUUACUUCCAGACAUCCAUAAUAAACAGAAAAUUGCUUUA